AUGAGCUCAAGCACAGAGCAGACCAAACCCAUCAACCGGUUGGUUAUAUUAUACGGAGAGCCAAAGUUCUAUCAUACCAUCAUCUUGCUCAAGGAAAUCCGCGAACUCCCCAACAACUAUGUCUCUGUCAUUGAGGUAAACAACAUUGAAAAAGUCUUGGAAGAGACCACGAUCUCGUCGAUCAAUUUCGACUACUUGCACAUCUGCAUUGAGUUUGCCAAAGACCUGAAUCCCAAUUUGCAAAAAGUCAAUGAGUUUUUGAGGGCUCAUUCGGAUAUGCUCGCCAAAGUCCCUGAUAUUGGCUACCAUAUCCAUUUCCAACCGGGCAAGGAAUGGAGCCAGUACUCCCAGGAGGAGCUCGAUGGCUAUUUCGGAUUCCUCAGGACGUUGAGGGAUGUUGCCGGCGACAAAGUCACUCACUGUUCAAUAGUCAACAAAUACGACAUGGACACCAUGCACAUCACCGACAAAGAAGGGCUCGAGAAGUUGGGACGCGAAAUCCAGCUGGAUAUCCAGUAUUGGAAAAACUUGAAAUUCUUGGAUUUCAGUGAGAGCAGCUUGCGAUCUUUCCAAGGGAUCAAGCUACCUGAGACUUUGGAAGUGUUGAACAUUGGAGGUGGAUACGCGCUAGACUCGCUCUUGGGGUUCACAAUGCCCAGCAAAUUGAAAACGUUGAUUGCGGGCCAGGGAGCAAUUGCGUUUCUCCGCGACGUCAAGUUCCCCAGCACGCUCGAGACGCUCGAGUUGCAAGAUAACAAGAUCUAUUUCCUUGAAGAUACAAACUUACCGGCGAGCUUGAAACAUUUGGAUGUGUCGCAAAACCGGUUGGAGGACAUUUGGAACGUGGACUGGCCCAAGAACUUGGAAUCGUUGAACCUUGGUAUGAAUCCGAUCGAGAGCAUGCGAGGCAUGAAGUUGCCCGAGAGGUUGAAAUAUUUGGAAGUCUCGUGUAUGCCGAGCGAUUCGAUGGCAGGCCUAAAGUUCCCGGACCUGCUUGAGGUUCUCAAUUUGCUGUCGUCAAUGACAAAUGCCCGAGGGUUGAAAAUCCCACCAAAUGUAAAGACAUUGGUGUUGUCGGGGAACUACAUCAACAGUGUCAACCCAUUGAAAUUGCCCAACUCGGUGGAGAUUCUUUACUUGAACAACAACAACAUCAAGACUUUGAACAAGGUGCUGCUACCGCCAAAGCUUCAAGAACUAUACCUUGGCGACAACCAGUUCACCACGCUCAAAAAUGUCGUUUUCCCAGAUACGCUCCAAGUGCUUGACUUGGAAAACAACCCGGAGUCCUCUUCUUACUCGAGCGACAAGCAGAUCACCACUCUACGAGACAUUGUUCUCCCUCCAAACUUGAAAACGUUGAAAAUGGGCUACCACGGAAUACGCAUCAUUGAAAACUAUGAGUUCCCUGCCACACUUCGUCAUCUCGGGUUAGCUUAUAAUGAACUCAAGUACGUUAGAAGUCUAAAAUUCGGCAACCAGUUAAAGACGUUGGACUUGAGCGGCAACCCCGAAUUGCUAUCGCUUGAUAAUGUCAUCAUACCCACAUCCGUCACCGAGCUCCGCGUGUCCCCUGGCUUGAUUCCCAACUUGCCGGCGUCCGUCAUUGAGCGAGCAAACAAAAACAUUCUCUUGAUCAAGAAAGCUCCCGAGAUGGAGCAUUUCGAUGUUUAA